CCGAGCCGAGGCGCCGGGCGGGCAGCGGCACCAUGAGCGCCGAGUGCAGCAGUUACCUCAACGCCGACAAGGUGCUGGUGAGCGGGUUCAGCUGCCCGCGGGCGGGCGGCGAUGCCCGCGCCGUGUUCUGCUGCGGCUUCCAGGACGUCAAGUACUGCUGCGAUGACCCCCACAGCUUUUUCCCCUACGAGCACAGCUACAUGUGGUGGCUCAGUGUUGGAGCACUGGUGGGCCUGUCGAUAGCAGCAGUGGUGCUCUUUGCUUUUAUCAUCACUGUGUGUGUUCUCUGUUAUCUGUUUAUCAGCACCAAGCCACGCAGCAAACUCGAUACUGGUUUAAGCUUGCAGAUGGCAGGUACAGAGCUGCAUCCUUCACGAGGCCCCCACCAGAACAAGCUGCUGACAAAGCCAAGUGGCUUCAAGAGAUCCUAAGCUGCAAGGAUGGACUGUGACUGGGAGGCAUGAGAAGCUGACUCACUCUUCCAGAGGUGUUUCCUGGCUGUUACAGCCACUGUGGAUAACAAGAGGCCAACCUGAAGCUGUGCCUGCAUAUGUUUGUGUAUGGUUCUGUACUCAGAAAUCGUAUGUUUUGAUUUGCACAUUCCAGCUGCUGCUGUCAGUCAUUUACAUGCCAGUUGUCGUGUUUACCCUGUUGUCCAGCAGAGCAGAAUCUGGCACACCACGUUGACCAAGCUUUGUUUGAAGCCUUCCCUGUGUGCCACCCUAGUGUGGUGUCUUCAUGUCCUGACCACGGUUGUCUUUAGUGCAGUGUGACUGUUGGGUGCACAGACCAAUGUGAAAGCAGUACCUCAAUAAAAUCUGCCACUUGUGUUGUA